AAAUUAAUUCCUAAGAACACUGCGUAUUUGGUUUCUUGGCGAUCGAAGGUUCUUUGCGGAGUAUACACUCUGUGGUGUAUUGUUUGGUAGUCAAUUGGUUUGUUAAUGAAAUGAAUUGUAAGGGGUUCAAAUUGUUUGUUCGAGAACGCUUUAUGAAGGGAAUUAAGUUUCUCAGCGACGUUCUUCAAGUUGCCCGCGUUUGAACGCUCGUGACCCCACGGAUUUUUUACGGAGCAAGGACGUACGGUAUCGGAGAAGGGAUCGAAAAUCUAGCAGUCCUUCACCAGUCGUAUCCAUUCUUUUUCUUUGACCUAGAAACACGUGGUCCGAAUUGAUAAUCGCAUUUUUUGUUCUUAUCAAUUACGAUGCACGGUGCAGUAUCGCUUCGUAUCGAGAUUAAACUUUCAAUUUUUUAGAUUCGCAUUUUGUUCGAAGGACUCGUUAAUUGUUACAGUUCUAACGUAGCAUCCAACAGUGUAAAAAAUAAAAAUGUCGAUUUUGGUCCCGCAGACCGUGGGAACGGCCGUGCAUCAAAAUCAUUUCGGCACGUUCCUUAGACAAACAUAACGAUUCACACUAAAGAAAUCCAUAAAAAUUUGUGUAAAUUUUCGAUCAUCGGACAAAUCACGAGAGAUAUCGUAACAUUAAUCGCUAUUGCGUGGACCCCAGACCUUGAACGCUUUGGCGGCCUUCGAUCGUUUUGGUCGAAACCUUUUGACGCGUCCACCAUUCUCUACACCAGUAAACUCGGCGAAAUACUUACGCAAAUGUCCGUGCGGGACCAUAAAGAGCAGCCGUUGUUUACUCUUUCGAAAACGGGAAUAAGAAUCCUUGAAGUCUGCGGAUCAUAGGGCACUGUUUCAUUAAUGGUACGCUACGCCAUAGAACGUAGCUCACGUCGAAUAAUAGUAUUAUGCGAGCAUUAUGCAAUCGUGGAAAUUUCACUUUCCACGGUACGAUCGUAGCUGAUGUGAGCGCGCUCGCGCGACGAACGACCGUGUCAGUAUAGUAUGCCUACUUACAAAUGUGCACAGCAUGCACGCUUCACCUCUAGAUAUCGUAGCCGAUUUUUACUGAAUAAUGCGUCCGUCGUUCUUAUACUUUCGUUACCUGUCUCUUUUCGAUACUUUUUCCUUUUUUCGCGCGGCACCGGUAGCUUGCCUAACCGGUCGCUCUGUCACAAGAACGCACGUAGCCGUACAAGGACGAACCAAUCGAACGUGCUUUUAGGGGAACGAAGGAUUCCUUUGCUCGAGUUUCGAUAACACUUAUUAGCCGAUAUACGUUACUAAAAUUAUUUGAUGUUCGGACAUAGAAUCUUGGAAGAUGUCACUAGGUUACCGCGCUAUGAUCGUUGGCAUGUGACACGUUAGAACCACCAUUUCCCCCAAGAAUUUCCUGCGUCAAAAUAACAAGUUUCUACGCAGCAAUUAACUUAAAAUAACGCGGAACUAAGAAUUCGCCUAAGCCGAGAAAUCGAUGUGUUAACCCGAUUGAAGGAACGCGAAACGAAGUGCAUGGUUAAGAUAACUCGCUUAAUCUUUGAUGGAUCAUGAUCUCGAACACGGAUCAUCUUCGUAAGAUCGAGCUGUUUCAACGAGUCACGAGUUCAUCGAGGUUCCUGCAUGCCUGAUUUCUUCGGCCAGCGGAAUUCGCGAUGUUGGAUCCAAUCGCGGGAAUAUCGUCGGUAUGGUGGUUGGUGAUGUACGCCAAUAUUUUGCUGCUGCUGUCUCCUCUGGUGCUGCUUUUCAUCGUGUUUCUACCGAAUUUCCCGAUACUGCUGCUCAGAAGGAUGUGUUACAUUCCCAUCGAGUCCAUAUGACGAUCUCUAGCAUCGAUAUUCUGUUAACGAUUAGGACAGUUUUUCGUAGAAAUUAUUGUAAAGAGAAUUAUCGAAGUUUUUCGGUCUAAGGAUAAUAUUGUUAUUCGAAUAAUAGCGAUGGGAGAAAGGAUCUUGAAAGCCUUCGAUAAUUCUAUAACGGUACGGCGACAAUAUUUUACUUCUAUGUAAAUUGCUUGGGUAAUGGAAAUUUUCAUGCUAUAUUGUGCGAUUCUAAGCCGCUGUACCGUUACGGACGAUUAUAAAGGCUUUUAACGUUCGUGCAGAAAGGGUAACUGGACAAUGGCAGCGAUUUGAAUGGUCAGACACAGUAAAUUGUCCGAAUAUACCUGGCGUUUAUGCCGCGUGCGAGUUCAAGGUGUAAUCAAAAUCGUAUUAAAUCAAUUUCGAUGUAGAAUAAUCUUACCGAACAUACGAUCCAUUUGAACUAACUGUAUAGUUACCAUGACACAUUUAGUCAUAUAAGUUUUAAAAGAUAUACGUAGUCUGUUUUCUUUUCCUUCUAUCAUUUAGAUUUAUUUCAUAGAGUCUUGAAUAAAAACGCUCGCUGUCAGACAUCUACGCCAACGUCAAGUAUUUAAUUUGGCAGAACAGAUUUUAUCGAAGCCAAACGUAGCUUGCGUAAAUUUCAAAUUUCUAUUCGCACGUAACCUACCUGUACAAAUUGCACGAGCAUGUAAACUAGAGAACGGUGUUUCGCAAAACGCGAGUUACACUCGUUUACCGUACGGACAGCUCGAAAAUUUUGUGACAGAUCUGCGAAUUUUCGAGGUUCCUAUUGCGUCAGAUUUAUAUAUUCUUCAUGAUCGUUCGGGUCGUGUGCACAGCGAGUUAGAAUAUAUUCUUUAUCAAGUGCGAAGAGACAUAUUUAAAUUUUAAAGUUUGGAGACAUCAAAUAAUUUCACGUUUGAAAUAUAGGUACUUAGAAAAAAAAGAAUUUGGAAAUUCUACGCACAACAAAAUUUACGUGUGAGCUACUCCAGAUUUUAAUAGCUUCGAAAGAGACGGCCGUCAUUCACCGCCCAUUUUUUAUCUUGGACACUUAUUAUGUAAACGAGUGUACGUCAUUGCACGUUCACCAUUGAUCUUGCCAAUCACCAGUUUUUCUGGGUCUCGUAAUACGUUAAAGAGUUACGUACCUACUUUUUAACCGCGAUAAAUAGUACCUGCUAUAAGUCUAGUGACGAGACCAUUGACAAGACUAGGUGAAUGACGUUUAUGUUAUUUCGCCAUGCGUUUUCGUGACACGAGUAUUUUCGCCCGAUCAUAUUAUUAUAUUUAAUAACAACAUUGAGGUUGUCUUUUUUAUAACGAGAAAUGUUAAAUACAGAUGCAAUUUAUGGCCCGUAACUCGGUAAAAUGUUUUCAAGUGUUCCAUUUGAAGAAAAAUAUUCCUGUGUUUUAGUAUUUGCUCGACCUUAAUUAACUGACCUGGGUGCAGUCUCUUUAUUAUUGAUUUAUAUUUCCUCUUCUUUAUUGCUCAUAGAAAUUGCUAUAAUCGCGACGGUCGAACAAUUCAGUAGGUACUGUUAGAGGCAUUUACCUUCAUAAACUUAUUAGAUUCAGUAAAAUUUAAGUGCGGUAUUACAGCUUAAAAAUUGAGGAUAUAAACUGUGUAUUACUGGUUAUCCAAUGGCAGCGAAGCGACUCGCUGAUUUAUUUUUAAUACUUCUCAUACUAUCCUACGAAUGUGCUUUCAAAAGGGUUAAGUACCUAAAUAAUACAUUAGAUUCGUUAGAAAUAAAAUAAGAUAAGAUUUCAGAUCGUGGCAAUUAAAGUUAAACCGCAGAUUAUAGGUGGUGCUCUUCUUGUUUGGCUUAUCAGUCGAGCAGAGUGCAUCGUGAUCCUGUGCACGGUAAAUGCAUGUCCUUCUGCAGUUCACCAGGUGAUAUAGGCGGGCCCGCAGUUAAACAUUACAGUAAGAUCGGAGAGUACUUUCGCCAAGUAGCGUUCGUAGUGGGGGAGUUGAGACUUGAACCCUGGGACCUCAUGGGCCAUAUAUACUACGCUUCCAUGCAGCUCUCCUGCUACUUGGUGUCAGCAUCUCGACGAUCCUUGCCGUUGUAUGGGAAAGAUACAUCGAGAGGAGGACUGAUCAAGUAAAAGAUGUUGUUCAUUACGUUCACGCUGAUCGCCGUGGCAGCAGGAGACCCAGGGUUACUGAGGGUCCCCAAGGUGUACAACGCGGUUAUUACCAGCAACCAGAACCUGUCUCCGUCAAGGGCAUUUCCGGUGAUACAGCCGAUAAUUCAUCGAACAGCGGUCGGUUACGUGCCACCGUACUAUUACACGCAAGUGUCGCCCCAAUUCGCUGGACCAGACGUGGUACACCUCUCUCAGAGUGCCCUGAAGCCGAAUAACGAAGGUGACGCUCGAGCGGAAUCGUCAGCAGCUAUAGAAUCAUCGAAAGCAGAGGGCACGAAAGUAGAACCGACCGAUGAACGUGCAGAGGAGAACAAAGGCGGAACUAGAGCCGGUUCCAAGAACAAGAAGGAGGAAGAACCCCUCAGUUUUUAUCCCAACUAUCAGUCGUUGUAUUACGACCCCUACUUUUACACGUACAACGGUUUCAACCCUCAUCUCGUUCCGGGAUCCUACUACGUGGACUAUCAACCUUUUGGCACCGUGCAACCGAUUCCCGCGUCUACGCCCAAGAAUGGCCUCUCCCAACAUUUGCUUCCCGGUUACCACGAGGAGAAGAAACCCGUGACAAAGGAGCAGAAGGAGAAAAUACCAGAUGUGCCGCCACCACCCCUUCCGACAGCUGUGCCCAAAAGUUCUUGAGACGGAACCCCGGAUGGUUUCUGAGUCCUUCUUCGUUCAGACUGACUUUACGUGGACUUAGUGCGCUUCUGCUGUUACGAACUUCGUCGAAAUAUAGCGUGGUCAUAAAUCUACUCGAUCGGUAUCAAGGAUAACCGAGUGGUUUUGGAAUCGGGAAUUCAAAGAUUUCGGAAUUGGAGAAUCUGAAAAUUUCAAAAUUUAGUUUACGAUUACGCUAUAUCUCUACAAGAGGCAUGCGAGUUUGGUAAUGUAACUUUAAGUGACUGUAAAAUGAAACUAUCACUUCGAUGUAUGUAAAAGUUGUGUAUUUCAGUACGCGUGUUUAUACAUGAUCUCGUUCUUA